AUGUCGUGGAGAUCGGACAAUUGGAAUUUUCCUCGCGGGCAUCCGACUCCGAUCAUGUUUCGUCGUCUCGGUCAAUUAAACUAUCGAGCUGAGAGCCCUGGUUUAGUUUCUGAUGAAUCAGUUUCGCUGUCUGUUCGAAGUGAUGGAAAUAUUCCAAAUGUUAGCUAUUCAGCGGAUGAUUCAUCUUCAAGAAACUCAUCAGAAAUAGAAUCUUCUCCUCCUCCUCCUGAUGGAGGAGUUGAAAAAACAACAUGUGACUCAGUGAAAGAUCAUCGAAUUGUCGAGAAACCGGAAAUCGCAAUGAUAGAAGCGAAUAUCUGCAAGAAACUAAAUACUAUCGUCAAUCUUGUCCACGAGUUCUCUACCGAUGCUCUUGGACUUCGAGAAAGCGCUGACGAUCUUCUGGAUGAACUUCGGACAAAAAUUCGACCAUAUCUUAUCAAUUUGGACAUCGAUAUGUCAUCAGCUGAAAGUGUUCUACGCUAUAAUAUUGAUCGAUCGAAUAUUAGCGAAUCACGGAUAGAUUGGCUACUUACGUACACAAAAUAUCAGAAAGAAAUGCGACGUGUACUCACCGAGCUUGCCGGUCCUGUUUGUGAUGAUCUUGAAGACAGCUUAGAGUUACGACAAAGAGGCUGUAUCGCUCGCCGAGCGUGCUCACAGACUAUCGAUAAUCUACAGGAGAUGAGACGUGGAAUGCAACGUGCUCUAGCACUGUUGUGUGGUGGCCAACGUUCAGUGGCAUGA